AUGGCGCGCGCGCGGGAUUCGGUGGGCGAGAACGCGCGCGUGGGAGUGCUCGCGGACGUCGCGGCGGCGACGGAACGGCGAGACGCGUGGACGGGGGGGCGGAAACGGACGCGGGACGACGGGCGGGCGGGCGACGGGCGCGGGAUGGGCGGCGUGGAUGAGAGGCCGGCGAUCGUGCGCGCGGACUCGGAGAACGGCAUGGGGCGUGCGUUGAUCGAUGCCUCGGUGGCGACGCACGGGUUCGGGGGGGGGGGGGAUACCUCGGAGUGGGACGUGAAAUUUCCGGGACAAAAGUUUGGCCCGUGGGCCGCGGAUGAGAUGGCGAAGAUGAAGGAAAUCGUCGGUCGAUGGGCGAACGAGCACGGCUUUGCGGAGGAAUUCAUCAACGAAAAGUAUGAUUUUUUGUUUCAUCGUCGACAGAAGCAGGGCGGACGCGGCGCCAACUUGCCUCUGAGCGAGCGGCACGCGUUCAUCGAGCUCGCCCGCGAGCUCCCGACGAGAAACGCAAAGCAGAUAUACGGCUGGAUCUUACGAAACAUGGAUAAGUCCACCGCCUCUGGGAAGUGGAGCAAAGAAGAGACCGAAUUGUUGCUGAAGAUGUACGACGAACUCGGACCGAAAUGGUCUAAGAUUUCCAAAGUUGUCGGUCGACCGGCGCCGGCGUGCCGCGACAAGUGGCGCCUCGCAAAGGGUGGACCAAAGAAGAAGAGCGGUCACUGGUCCCCUGAAGAGACUGAGAAACUGGUUAAACUCGUCGAAGCUCACUUUGAGAAGCGAGGGACGCGCCCUGGCGCUGGUCCAGGGCAAGGGUUCGAGCACCUCACGCUUCGAGACAACAUCAACUGGGUCAACAUCAGCGCCAAGCUGGGCACUCGCAACGAGCAAGCCUGCUUGCAGCGAUGGUAUCAGAUCGCUCCGGAGAUGACGAAGACUGGAGAAUGGGACAAUAAACAAGACAGCGAAAUGCUCGUCGGCCUCAUUGAAUCGAACACGCAGGCUGCGGAAACCAUCGAUUGGGAAAAUUUGGUACACGGACGCAAUCUGAGCCAGAUUCGCCGUCGAUGGAACUAUCUCUCAGCCAAAGUCACUGACCACAUCAACAUUCCAUUCCGCGAGCUCGUCCAUGAAGUUGCGAAGAUGACGAAGGACGAGACAGUCAUCGCCCUGGCGCAGCAAUACGCCGCUACCAACGCCGAGAACUAG